AUGGAAGUGGUACCAGUUGCUCAAUAUGAAAGUGAUGUAUCAGAUGAAGAAGUGGAUGCAUUUGAUCGUGCUGACGAAGCUGAAGCAUCAGUUGGAAAUCAAUGGUCAAAAUAUUACACAAACUAUACAGAAGAUGGAAGAAAAUGUUAUUACAGACGCAAUAAAGUCAAACUUCGUGCUCUUCAAUGUCCUGCAAGUAUUUAUCGAUUAUACCAUGCAGAUAGUGAUAAAGUAACCGUUUAUCAAACAGAAGCUGCACACGAACAUCAUAAUGGUUCAACUCGUAGUAUUGAUGAAAAUGUGAAAAAGGUUAUAGAAAAUUUAGUUAAUAAUGGAAUAAAGAAACCAAAACUAAUUCUUCGAGCACUUCAAUCAAGAGGAAUAAAUGUGCCAACGUUAGCCCAAUUAAACAAUUAUCUUGUACAUUAUAGAAAAAAGAAAUUUGGUGCAAAUAAAAUAAGUUUAGGUGAAUUAGAACAAUGGUGUAAAGAUAAUCAAAAUAUUCCACUUGAUGAAAACGAAUCUUUUGUUAUAUCUUACAAGAUAUUAUAUGAAGAUGAAGAUGAUGAAGAUGCAGAAGAUAAUGAUGGAAACAAAUUUCGUAUCUUUAUAUCAUCUAUUCGUUUGAUAAACAUGGCGUCUAUCUCACAACAUAUACAUGCUGAUGCUACCUAUAAAUUAGUUUGGCAAGGUUUUCCGGUACUAGUUAUUGGAACAACUGAUUUCAAUAAAGCAUUUCAUCCAUUUGGUUUAGUAAUAUGCUCCUAUGAAAAACAAAAGAUUUUGAAUUUAUCUUCAAUAGUCUUCAAAUUGGUAUGCAAAAAAUCAAUAAAACUUCAUUAG